GUCUCUGGAGACAGUUGUCAUUCACUCUAACGGGACCUGAGCUUCGAAGUGUGCAUCGUCUGGCAUUUGAGCGAAUUAAAAAAGUUCGCAUUUCACUGUUUGGCCUACAGUGCGCGCUUGGCGUUGACCGGCAACAAGGAGAAAUGGUUCUCAAGUCCGAAGACGGAGUUGUGCCUGAUGACCUCAGUCCAGAAGAAAUCCAGGAGCUGGAGAGCAUCCGGCGCAGAAAGCAAGAGUUACUGCAGGACAUACAAAGGCUGAAGGAUGAGAUUGCAGAGGUGACCAAUGAGAUCGAAACUCUGGGACAGACAGAAGAGAGAAAAAGCAUGCAGAGGAACAAACAGAUGGCCAUUGGCCGAAAGAAGUUCAACAUGGACCCAAAGAAGGGCAUCAGGUUUUUGAUUGAGACUUCACUCCUGAAAAACACCAGCGAUGACAUCGCCCAGUUUCUCUACAAGGGCGAGGGACUGAACAAGACAGCCAUCGGAGACUACUUAGGGGAGAGAGAUGACUACAACAUCCAGGUCCUGCACGCCUUCCUGCAGCUGCACGAGUUCUCAGACCUGAACUUGGUCCAGGCCCUCAGGCAGUUCCUGUGGAGCUUUAGACUUCCUGGUGAAGCCCAGAAGAUCGACCGCAUGAUGGAGGCUUUCGCCCAGAGAUACUGUCGCUGCAACCCUGGCGUCUUUCAGAGCACAGAUACGUGUUACGUGUUGUCCUUCGCCGUCAUCAUGCUAAACACCAGUUUGCACAAUCCUAACGUCAAAGACAAACCGACCGUCCAGAGAUUCAUAGCCAUGAACCGGGGAAUCAACGACGGAGGGGACCUGCCUGAGGAGUUGUUGAAAAACCUGUACGACAGUAUCAAGAACGAACCUUUUAAAAUCCCAGAGGACGACGGCAACGACCUGACACACACUUUCUUCAAUCCAGACAGAGAAGGGUGGCUGCUCAAACUGGGUGGACGAGUCAAAACCUGGAAGAGACGCUGGUUCAUCCUCACAGACAACUGCCUCUACUACUUCGAAUUCACCACAGAUAAAGAACCGAGAGGAAUAAUCCCUUUGGAAAAUCUCAGCAUCAGAGAAGUGGAGGACUCAAAGAAACCGAACUGUUUUGAGCUCUACAUCUCAGACCAUAAAGAUCAGGUGAUCAAGGCCUGCAAGACGGAGGCGGAUGGCCGAGUGGUCGAGGGAAACCACACAGUCUACAGAAUCUCAGCUCCGUCCAUGGAGGAGAAAGACGAGUGGAUCAACAGCAUCAAAGCUGCCAUCAGCAAAGAUCCUUUCUACGAGAUGUUGGCUGCUCGGAAGAAGAAGGUUUCCACUCUGAAAGGGUUGUGAGAAACCUGGACCUGAAUGUUUCACUUGCACACAAAACUAGUGGAGGUUAAGAGACUGUGGCUGCAUCCACUGUGUUCCUCUUUUUUUGUAACAACAGUGGCUCUUCUGAUGCGGCGUUAAGAUGAGCUUUCAAUAAAAGCCACUCCACGAUAAUCAACUGGAGGUUCUGACUUCUAAAAGGCCAAAUUCCUGAAUAGAAAUGAAGAACUUGUUUCCACAGCGACCUGGAUGCAAAUGACGACAAUCUGCUGAACUGACAGAUGAAGUGACUCCUCUCCAAUCCGAAUUGUUUACUCAGACGGCUGUCGAAGGUUUGUGUCUCCUGCUGAUGACUGUUGGCCAUCUGUUUGUUUUCUAUUUAUUCAUUCUCCUUUUGUUAUUUAUUGUUUGAUUGGUCACAUUAAAUCAGGAUCUCAGGCCGUGUGUGUUUUCACAUUGUCCCUUCUGCUUAAAAAAGCUGCUGUAUGUGAGUUUGCAAUA